UUCAGUGUCAAGUUUGUCCUGUGAAGACUGACGGUCUCAAGUAUCAAAUCGGGAUGUUUGUUCUAAUCUGUGCAACGCUGCUUUUCUCUGUGAGGGGCAUCCAUGCAGAAACAGGUGCAUCGGUUUGGGGAAGACAAUACUGUGAAGCAGGAACAUUCUGUAUCACUCUUGGUGUAGCAGAUAUAACAGCAGAGGCUGGACUCUGUGUUGUGAUACCGUGUUCUUUCUCUACUCCUGCAGCCUUUAAACCCAAACAUAUAGUUUGGUACAAAUGUAAAACGUCCAAUCAAAGAUGUGGCGAUUCUGACAUGAUUUUCCACACCAACAAGCACAGCACCAAGGUUCAGUCUUUGUUCAAGGGACGGGUUUCACUGUUGCAGCCGGAUGUGAGUCAGGGGAACUGCAGCAUCUUCAUCAACGACCUCACUGAGUCAGACUCUGGAGCAUAUCAGCUCAGAGUUAAUGGUUUACUGGAUGGGAUCUCGGAUGGAUUUACAUACUCUGAAAGAGCAGUUCUCUCUGUGAAAGGUAUGGAGAGCUACAACAAAUAUUAA